CUCGGGACAUGCCCCGGUGGCUAUCACUUCGGUGAUAACUCCAGAUUUUGAGUGACGCUCCCCAGAUGGGAACGUGGAGAGACAUUUGUACUUCUAUAUGUAUCAGUUGGAGACCCCGGCAUUCUGAUACAAGGGAUUAGAAAAUCCAGUAUCUUUUUCUCAGAUACAGAAGUACGAAUUACACCCGCAGAACCUUUCUUGUGUCCACCUACCCUCGACCAACACAUUACCGGGAACAAUGGUUGGUGUAAGCUCUGGCAAUGCUGUGGCUGGAGAGCAGGCCAUCGAGUACGGCCCUGCUGGAUAUAAAGGGCUUAUUAAGGAGCCUCGAAUUUUCGGCCUUGCCUGCUUCGCGUCUAUCGGAGGCAUGCUCUUCGGCUACGACCAGGGCGUGAUCUCUGACGUUCUGGUUAUGCCGAAUUUUGCGAAGCACUUCCCAACCCUUGCGAAUGAUCCCACUUUACAAGGAUGGGUUGUUUCUAUCAUGACACUGGGAGCGAUGGUUGGUGCUUUUGUCAACGGCCCAAUUGCCGACCGCUUCUCGCGUCGUUGGUCAAUCCUCUUUGCCAAUAUUGUCUUCCUAGUUGGCUCUGCUCUGGUUGCUGGGGCUGUGAAUACUGCAAUGAUCUUCGUCGGUCGCUUCAUUUUCGGAACUGGCAUUGGCAUGCUAGCCAUGGUUGUUCCCCUCUACAUUUCCGAGCUGGCGCCUCCCAACAUCAGAGGCGCGCUUGUGGCUCUCCAGCAGCUGUCGAUAACACUCGGAAUCAUGCUCAGCUUUUGGCUGAACUACGGUACCCAAUACAUUGGGGGCACUGGAGAUGGACAAAGUCAAGCCGCAUGGAGGAUCCCUCUUGCUAUGCAGUGUCUUCCAUCUUUAAUCCUCGCCGUCGGCACCUUCUUUCUCCCCUACAGUCCUAGAUGGCUAGUGAACCAAGGGCGAGAAGAUGAAGCUCUGGAAACCCUUGUCCGGUUGAGACGACUUCCGGCCUCAGACUAUCGGUUAAAGCUCGAAUUUCUCGAGAUCAAAGCUGCCAGAAUGUUUGACGAGCAGACAAAAGUGGAAAAAUAUGGUGAAGCUAUUUCAAGACUGUAUGUGGCAUUGCAUGAGUACAAAGAGUUAUUCACGGUCCGCCAUCUGAGAAAGCGAACGAUGAUCGCCUGCCUACUUCAAGUGAUCCAACAGUUCACUGGAAUCAAUGCCAUCAUCUAUUACGCGCCCCAGUUCUUCAAGGCCAUUGGUCUAAGCGGUAACUCCGUGAAUCUCCUCGCCACAGGAGUGGUUGGCAUCGUCUUCUUUCUUUCCACCAUCCCAGCGGUCAUGUACCUGGACAGAUGGGGUCGUCGAAAGACUUUGAUCACGGGCGCCAUUGGCAUGUCCAUCGCUCAACUCGUUGUGGCAACACUCUAUGCUGUGUACAAGGACAGAUUUUCCGAGCACAAUGCAGCCGGCUGGGCCGCUUGUGUCUUUGUGUGGUUGUACAUUGCCACUUUCGCAUUCAGCAUUGCUUGUGUCAACUGGAUCAUGCCGUCUGAGAUGUUUCCCCCUGCCAUCAGAGGGAAGGCAGUCGGACUUGCCAUUUCUACAAACUACCUCUCGAACUUUAUCGUCGCACUGAUCACGCCCAGAAUGCUUCACACCAUAACGUUUGGCACGUUCUACUUCUUUCUGGUCUUCUGCAUCACUUUGGGAGUCUGGACAUACUUCUGUGUCCCGGAAACUAAAGGCGUUCCAAUGGAGGAGAUGGACAAAUUGUUUGGAGGAAAUGCCGGCCAGGCUGAUUUGCGACGCAUUCAAGAAAUCCGCGCUCGUCUUGGUAUGAGCGGGGAUUUGGAAGUCACCGAAGAUGAACUCAAAGACGGGAACAAGACGGAAUACAUCGAAGUGAAGUAGCAUGGCAACGCCGUAUAAACUCGGAGCUGGAGUCUUGAGCGAGACGGGCACAAGCAUGAUGCUGGUCAAUAAAAUCAAAUCGCCCUCAGUAUCUCAUCUCGCACCAGCCUU